AUGAUCAGUUCAAUAAAUGCUUUCAUAAUGAAGUUGGAAUUAUGGAUAUCUCAAAUCAGAAAAGAAAAUUUUACCCAUUUUCCUAACAUUGAAGAUGAAUUCACAAAACAACUUGUGAAUAAAAAUCAUUAUGUCAAUGAAUUUGCUAUGGUACUAGAAAAAAUAAUGAACGAGUUUAAUAACAGAUUUAGCGAUUUCAAGAAAAUUACUAUAUUAUGCAGUUUCUUUGUUUCUCCGUUCAUGGAUGUAGACAUCGAAAAUAUUUCAGAAGAAUUUAGCAAGAUUUUUGACGUUGAUCGAAGAAAAAGUCAAAUAGAAAUUAUAAAUCUAAAAAAUGACAUCACUUUAAAAUUACAUUCAAAUGUCAACAUGUGGAAAUUAUGUCUCAGGAAAAAUAUCCAAUUUUGA